GAAGUGUUUAAAUUUGUUUUAAGUGGUGCAGGUUAUGAACCUGUUUACUCCACUAAGGACGGUUUAUACUACGAGUAGGCGAAAAUUUCAAUAUUAAUCAACUCCCCCUUUUAGUGGUUCAUACAAAUAAAAAGCUUUAACAAAGAGCUUUUCACAUAUUAUCCGUUCAUAAGGAACAUUGUACGUUUUAUAUAGAAAUUUUAGAAAUUGCAAUUUAGUAUCGUCGCGAUUGCAGUGUGAAUCAAUACUCAUAAAUAAUAGCUUCAUAUUAAAAUGUGUGUUAAAAAAUGAAAUAAAAAAAAAAAAAAAAUUGGGGAUAGACAUGAUUGUCCUUCAUAAUACAUUUAAUUUUAAAAUAUUUGUGAAAUUAAAAUAAAUGUUUUAAUGUGUAAAAAAUAACGUAAAUUAAACGUAUCCUGUUCUUAAGAAUAAAAGAAAAAAUAUAAAAAAACGUUGGUGGAUCUUUAUGGUAUGUUACUCUUGUAUACCUUAAGAUAUGGUGACAUAAAAAGACUAAAAAUUUAAAAUAAAAAAAAAAACAAAAUUAAACAUAUCGAAAGAACUGCUAAAUUGCAAUUAAAAAAUACAUACAUAUGAACAUUGGAUUAAUCAAACGACAUAUUCAAAAUGGUGUACUUAGAAUUUAAAGAAAAACUAAAAUAUGCAAGCAAAUCAAUUGGAAGAAACCAAUCAAGGCGAAAAUCGUUAUUAAGGCCAACAGUACAACCAGUGCAUUUAGAUGAAGAGAACGGUAUUUACAGUCCAUUAAUAAAAAUGCCCACAAAAUCUUCACAAAGCAGUCUUUAUAAAAUAUACACAGUAUUAAGUAAUAGCAGCAAAAGCAAAGCCGCUAGCACAAUAAUUAAUACUACUUCUACAUCAACUAUUGACACUACUACUACUGGACGAUGCAAAAUUAGUAGUAAUCGUCUACCAAUGAUGUUCUUACUUUUAUUAUCCUUAAUAAUUUCAUGUUUAACAACAAUUAAUGCCUUUCAAUUGGAUGGUUCCCAGAGUUCAUUCGCGCAAUUUCGGAAGUGGUAUGUGGGGCUGAAUGGAUCGCUGGAACUUGAAUUUAAGACUGAACAACCAAAUGGUUUAGUCUUAUAUACAGAUGAUGGUGGAACAUACGAUUUCUUUGAACUUAAAUUAGUUGAAGGUGCAUUGCGUUUACGUUACAACUUGGGAGGUGGUGCCCAGAUUAUUACGGUGGGGCGCGACCUUCACGAUGGACAUUGGCAUAAAGUUCAAGUUAUUCGGAAUGACGAACAAACAUCACUGAUUGUGGAUGGUGUCUCCCAGAGUCGUGCAACUAAGGGCAAAGAAUUUCAAUUUGGAAAGUUUGCUACCAAUUCUGAUGUUUAUGUUGGAGGAAUGCCGAAUUGGUAUAGUACAAAAUUGGCGUUGUUAGCUCUUCCGAGUGUGAUAUUUGAGCCCAGAUUCCGCGGAUCGAUUAGAAAUCUUGUAUAUUCCGAUCAGCCUGGUGGACAAACCAGGCGACAGGAAAUGAAACAGCCACGUGAUAUUAAAUGUGGCGAUGGUCCUUGUGAUCAUGGAGAAAUGCCGAAAGAAAAAGUAAUUCGUAACUCAAGAGGAAGUAAUACUACUGAUGCCUGUGAACGACAUGAUCCUUGUCAACAUGGAGGUAUAUGUAUAUCAACAGAUUCCGGACCCAUAUGUGAAUGUAGAAAUCUUGAAUUUGAUGGACAAUAUUGCGAAAAAGAAAAGGCUCCGUCGGAAGCUACAUUCCGUGGUACCCAGUUCCUUUCAUACGAUCUUGGUCAAACCGGCGCUGAGCCGAUUGUUAGUGCCCAAGACGCAAUUACAUUAUAUUUUCGUACACGACAGCCGAAUGGAUUAUUAUUUUACACUGGCCAUGGUACAGAUUAUCUCAACUUGGCAUUACGUGAUGGAGGGGUUUCAUUGACUAUGGGUUUAGCAAAUGGCAAACAAGAGAUGCAUAUAAAACCGUCAAGAGUUCGUUUUGAUGAUCAUCAAUGGCACAAAGUUACUGUCCACCGUAGGAUACAAGAGAUAUCAUCAAUUACAAGUUUUUGUCGGCUUGUUACCGUGGUGGAUGACGUAUAUACCGACCAUUCUCAUAUUGCGGGAAAAUUUACAAUGCUUUCAUCUUCUCGAGUCUAUGUAGGUGGAGCUGUAAAUCCUCGAGCACUACUCGGAGCCAGAGUUCACAACAAUUUCGUUGGCUGCUUGAGAAAAGUUGAAUUUUCGGCAGACACGUUAUUAUUAAAUCUAAUUGAUUUAGCUAAAAGCGGAUCAAAACUUAUACAGGUUGCCGGUAAUGUUGAGUAUCAAUGUCCAAUUGGUGAUCCACAAGAUCCAGUUACAUUUACGACACGAGAAUCUCACUUGGUGUUACCACCGUGGGAGACUGGCAAACAAAGUUCCAUAUCAUUCAAGUUUCGAACUAAAGAACCUAAUGGUCUCAUUAUAUUGGCAACUGGCUCGAAGCAACCCAGAUCUAAAAAUGCAGUGCUUUUCGCUAUUGAAUUGCUUAAUGGUCACAUUUACAUUCAUUUGGAUUUGGGCUCUGGUGCAGCUAAAGUGAGGGGUUCCCGGAGAAGAGUUGAUGAUGGGGAUUGGCAUGAUUUCAUUUUGCGGCGCAAUGGUAGAGACGCAAAAGUUAGUGUGGAUGGAGUUUGGAAUGACUUUCGGACACCUGGAGAAGGAACUAUUUUGGAAUUGGACGGUCACAUGUACGUUGGCGGAACAGGACCCGCGUAUAGCAAUGCUAAUUGGCCUCCUGCCAUAUGGACGGCCACGUUACGUCAAGGUUUUGUAGGCUGUUUGAGGGAUUUGGUAUUAAGUGGCAAGGCAAUAGAUAUUGCAGCAUUUGCCAGAUUACAAGACUCUGCUUCGGUGAAGCCUUCUUGCCAUGUACAAGCUAAUGUAUGUGCCGGAAAUCCAUGCUUGAAUGGAGGAAGUUGCAUGGAGGGUUGGAAUCGACCUAUCUGUGAUUGUACAGCCACUCUUUAUUACGGACCAACUUGUGGUAGGGAAUCUGGUACAUUGGCUUUUAAUGGAACACAGCAUAUGACCAUUUGGUUAGGAAAUGGUCAAGGUACAAAGACUCAAACCGAAGAGCUCUUGUUGCGUUUCAAAACCGCACGACCAACAGGUUUAUUGUUGAUGACCAGUGCGGAAUCCAAUUCUCCUGAUAGACUUGAAAUCGCCUUAGUAGCCGGACGUAUUCGUGCCAGCGUAAGGUUAAGCGAUCGAGAAAAGAAUCUUCUGGCUGGACAAUCUGUUCUUAAUGACAACAACUGGCACACAAUACGAUUCUCAAGACGAGCAUCAAAUUUACGUUUACAAGUUGACGGGGCUCCCCCUGUCAGGGGUAUGUUAUCUGAGACAAUUUUGGGACGGCACAGUACCAUAGAGAUACGUUCAAUACAUUUGGGCGGACUGUUUCAUGCCGAAGAAGAGAUACAAAUGACAUCUACGAUGCCAAACUUUGUUGGCCAAAUGCAAGGAUUUAUAUUCAAUGGUCAGAGAUACAUCGAUAUUGUCAAGUCAUUGGGCCCUGAAUUAUCAGCUUUGCCUAGCGCAACAUUUAAGUUAACGGCUCGAUUUAUAAACUCACCCCCAGGAAAUCCGUAUCAUGCAGCAACCUUUCGAUCGAAACACUCUUAUGUGGGCCUGCCUAUGCUAAAGGCUUAUUCAACAAUUUCAGUUGAUUUUCGAUUUAAAACAGUAGAGCCAAAUGGGCUGUUGCUUUAUAAUGGUGGAAGGCGAAAUGAUUUUGUUGCGGUUGAAUUGGUAAAUGGCCACAUACACUACACAUUUGAUUUAGGAGAUGGGCCAAUAACAAUGCGCGAUAAAACCCGAGUUCACAUGAAUGACAAUCGAUGGCAUCAAGUCAGUAUUAGGAGGCCUGGUCCGAAAACACACACUCUUGCUGUAGACGAAUCGUUUGAGAUUAUUACAUUAUCGGGCAACAGUAUGCACUUGGAACUAUCGGGUAUCUUGUAUAUUGGGGGGGUAUUCAAAGACAUGUAUGCCAAACUGCCAGCAUCUAUAUCAUCUCGAUCUGGUUUUGAGGGUUGUAUUUCUUCACUCGAUUUGGGCGACACAUCACCAUCACUGACAAAUGACGCUGUAGUACCGAGCUCGCUUGUUGUGUCCGGCUGUGAGGGCCCAACAAAAUGUAGCCAAAAUGCUUGUGCAAACAGAGGCGUUUGUGUGCAGCAGUGGAAUGCGUACGCCUGCGAGUGUGAUAUGACUUCAUAUACGGGUCCAACAUGUUAUGAUGAAUCCAUCGCUUAUGAAUUUGGCAAUAAUAAGGGAAUCAUCCAGUAUACAUUUCCGGAAAAUGCUCAAGCUGAUACUGAAGAGGAUAAUAUAGCAUUGGGUUUCAUAACAACCAAAUCCGAUGCUGUAUUGUUGCGCAUAGAGAGCUCUACGACACAGGAUUACAUGGAACUGGAAAUUGUUGAGGGUAAUAUAUUUAUGGUAUAUAAUAUUGGAACAAGAGAUCUGCCUUUGGGAGAGAUUGGAACAAAAGUUAAUGACAAUACAUAUCAUGUGGUGCGAUUUAGCCGACGAGGUGGAAACGCCACAUUACAAUUGGAUGAUUACAAUGUACAAACUCUAACACCACAAGGACAUCAGUCUACCAUGUUUAACACAAUGGCUAACAUACAAGUUGGAGGGAAAUUUAGUCGUACAGGUCGCACUCGUAUAGAGAGACCUUUUGCAGGUGUAAUUACCGGUCUAUCAGUGAAUAAGUUGCGUGUCCUGGAUUUGGCGGUGGAACGUGAUCCCCAUAUUACGAUACGAGGAGAUGUUCAAUUGGUAACUGGAGUAUUAGAUAGAAAUGAUCUGCAAAGAAUGCAGCAGCAGACACCCGCUAGUGGUUAUCCUGGAGCAAUAGACGAUUUAAUAUUUUCCGGUGCUGGCUCUGGUUGUCGUGGCGAUGACGAAGACGAAUGCACUCCUCCAUUUGAGUCGAGCGGAGAUGAUCUAAUUACACCAGUUUAUGUACCGCCUACCAAACAAACAACAAUGACCCAAAAUGUUAGUACUGAUAAAACAAACGGUACUGAACGAGCUUGCGACGAUGAAGACUGCAUUCAUGGAUCUGGUGAUUAUGGCGAAACAACCGAACAAUUCACUUCUACAAGUACCGCCAAAGGUUCUGAAUCGCAUAAUGAAGUAACUACGGACAGCAACGCGCGUAGACAGGAUGUAACAACUGAGCAGCAACAUUCAACGUCCACAACCUCACAUACUACAACGCCACAGCAAACUACUGCUUUAAGUACGACUUUAACUACAAGUCAAACGUCGGCACCGACGACAAUUAUUACAUCCUCAACACAACGUAUAACUACACCAACUACAGCAAUAUCAACCACAACAGUAACUACAACGGUCGCAACACCAUUGCCCGAAAUACGAACGGCAACAACUGAACGGGAUACAACCACAUUCGAUGUCGUUCAGGUAUUCAAGCAUGACGAAGAGGAGGAGAAAUCAAAUAUUAUUUAUACACCACAAAUCCCAGAAGAACGGCCACCACCUCCCCCGCCCAUUCACGAACCUGAACCCGGCCUACCUUACUACCCACUACCACAACCACCUCCACCAUACAGCAAUAAUAAUUAUCGCCCAAAGGGAAAGGGUGGCCGCAUAAACUCAAUCGAGGAAGAACGAACCGCUAUGAUCAUCGGUAUUGUUGCAGGCAUAUUAAUUGCAGUUAUUCUAGUUAUAUUGCUGGUGCUAUGGCUGAAAUCGAAUGGUGAUCGUAAUUACAAAACAUCCGGUGAGAAAACCAUUUACGGUACUCACAACCCGAAUGCGUCUUUGUUGGGAAAUACUAGCACCAACGGUUCAUAUCACCAACAAAGGCAACAAACAAAUAAUCACCAUCAAACCCAAGAUACACGUUCUCGUUCGCACUCGGGCAUUGCAAUGCGAAACAAUGGCAACACCGACAUGUGCAACAGAUCGGCGCCGAUGAGAGUUGAACGCGUAUACCAUGACUCAACCGACCAUAGUGAAGGUGAGGACCGUCCGGGUUUGGUGAAAACGAAAAAACGCGAUUCAAAAGAUGUUAAAGAGUGGUACGUCUAAAUGACCGAAUAUUGAAAUAUAUAUUUCGCGAAUGAACCAAACGUCAAAUUAGCAAUAAAAAACUGUGCAUAACAAAAUUAAACUAAAAACCUAAAACUAUUGUUAAUCACUAUCGUUAUAUUGGGCGGGUUAUACUUAGUGCAAUAGAUAAUUAUUAUACUUAUUAUAGAAUAUUAUUAAAAAAUCCAACCAAAAAGAAAAAUCAAUAAUCCAAUAUAAUGAAGAAAGCAAACACUUAGAAAAUGAUAAAAACAUAAAAUAAGAAUAACAUCAGUUAAUGUACAAAUAACUCAUUAAGAUGCAAUGAAAAUGAUAAUAAGUAUAAAAUAUUUCAGCGAUCAAAUUUUUCAUUCAUAAUUGUUGUCUUUUAUUUACAAUUUAUUUAAAUUUUUAAUAAUAAUGAAAUUGGUGGCUGAGAUAUUUUAUAAAACCAAAUAUUUUUCAGUUUUCAUAUUUUUUUUUACACAUACACUGCAAUAAAUUACACAAGUCAACAAAAUAAUAAUAAUAGCUAAUUCCAAUGUAUUUUCACCAGCUGAGUUCAGAAAUCAUUAUUAGCUCUAGUAGUUUUUGAGAUAUUGCGAUUUAUGUACAGACAUUGUUUAGGCCACUUUUUUGAAGUUUUCAUUAAAUUUUGCAGAACUGGUACUAAAUUCCAAAGUAUUUUUUUAACAACAUACAAAUCUGCGCAAAAUUAUCUUUCUAAACACUAUAAUCGUGAUGACAUUUAUUACAGUAUAACUAGAUUUCCUUGCAAAGAAGUUGAAAAUUUAGCUGUUUUUUUGUUUUAUCGUUAUAACAAUACUUUGGUAUAAAUUCAUUUGAAUUUUUCAAUAAAGUACUACCAACACAAUCUAAUAAUAUUAUUUUUCGGUUAAAAUUGGAAAUUCGUUAUAAACGCAACGAAAUAUUUCGUUUAUUCAUGUUUUGUUUGUUAUUUUUACAUACUCAUGAAUUCAAAAUAUUCAUGUCGUAAGUUUUCACUAUUCUUUUGUUUUUGUGUCAAAAAGUUUGUCUGCAAAUCAUUAAUAACUUAUGAUGAUACAUCAUUAUGUAUUAUGAUGAUAUUCAUACAUUAUGUAUCAUAAUGUAUGAAGAAAUUCUUAACGAAUUUCCAAUUGUCAUUUAAUAAUUCGGUCAAUGUUAUAUGUUGGAUAAAAGAAAUCAAACUCGCUUACCUUAAAUUAAUGUUAUAACAAUAAAAAAAGUCCGUUAUUUAACUUUGCUGCAACACAUUCUAAAUAUCGUGUAAUAACUUUCAAUAUGAUUAUACUCUAAUGAUAGAUAAUUUUAAAACCAACAGCUAACCGGAAAUUUUCAUUACAUAAAAAUAAGCUAUUUUAAUUUAAGACAUUUUCAGUGUUGUCUAGUGUUAUUAUAACUCACUGGGAAAUGUAAAAAAGAAGUUAAUUCACUCAAAAAUUAAAAUGUUUAUUUCAUCACGAAUAUGUAUUUUUUUCAAAAACUGAUUUUUUAUUGAUUAGUAUUUCAAGAAUAAAAUAAGAUAUCUUUGAAAUAAACUUAACAUUUUGAAAACGUUGACAAGAUGUAUUGGUGUUUAAUAAUACAAGUUCUUUCCCGCAUAUCUGCAAAUUAAAUUACUGAUUUUGUUCAAAGAAAAACUUCUGAAUAUAUGCAUUUGAAGUCAGUUUCCGGUAGGUUAGUGGUUCGUAUUCUAGUCUGGUAUACCGAAGGUGGUGUGUUCGAUUCUCACCUGAGGCACUGGUUAAGAUGCGCACAACAGGUCCGAUAUAGGUCUAGGUGUAUUUCUUUCGAUUUGAUGUAGAUGUUUAAUAGAAAUUUCAAACAACUAUAGAAUUAUGAAAUUCUUUAAAAACGUAUGAGUUAUAUUGAUUUCUUAACUUUUUCUCAGUGAUUUUAUUUUCUGUGUCAUUACAAUCAAACAAAUGUUCACUCAUACACAUAUUUAUGUAUAUGUAUGUAUACAUACAUACAUAAAUAAAAUACAUACACACUUUCAGUUUUACUACAAAAUCAAGCAUUACACAAAUAAUAAAAAAAUAAUAAAUUAAUAAAUAAAAAUACUUACUUUAGCUAGCUUUUAGGCACUAAAUAUUAUUAACAACUAAAAAACUUAAUAUUAUCUUUCCCCCAUACACCUUAUUACGUAUGUACUUACUAGUCUAAAUAAUAAACAAUAAUACAAAUAUUAUUCUAAUAAAGAUUGAAAAAGGAACGAUUCAACAACCACUCCACCGCACAUGAUGUGUUAGAUCCACGUAUGGCGUGGUGGAUGGAUGCUGUUGUGAAUAGUUGUGGGUGUGUUUUACAAGAUCUAAAUAGAAAAAACCAAGUGAAUGUUAAAUAAUGAUAGAACCUAAAAAUUAAGAUAUUGUGCCAUAGUAAUUUAAGAAUACCUACUAAUUAACAAUUGGUAUAUUGUAUGUAUGUAUAUUAUUAAAAUUAUAAUUAUUACUAUUAUUAUUAUUACAAUAAAUAUUAAUAUUAUAAUUGAAAUUAAUAUAAUCGAUUGUAGAUAAAGAUUAACUAGUUAGAUGUAACAUGUAUAUGAGAAAAAACUAUAUGAAUAAUUAACAAAAUGCUUUAAGAAAACAACAAAUAUAAUUUAAAAGAAAGAAAGAAAAUAAUAACAAUAAUAAUGAAAAUUGGAAUAGAACAGUAAAAACCUCUGAAUAAUGUAUAAGACAAUAGAAGUAAAUAUUUAAUUGAAAAGAGAAAUGUAAAUUAUAUUAACUAUCAUUUGAAAAAUGUUAGAAAAAUUAAAGUAAAAGUCUUAUCUAAAAUUCUAUAACACGAAGUUCCAAGUUGAGUCAAAUAAUUAAAUGUGUUUUACAUUUGUUACAAUAACAAAAUACAUGCUAAAUUUUCAUUUUCUUAAAAAUUUUUAAUUGAAUUGAAUAGAAACUGUUAGUUAAUAAAAAAGUGUUCAUACAUACAUGCAAGUACAUGUAAAUAUUAACUAUUCCUGCCAACGCUUUCUGACACAAGUGUCACGUAUAUGUAUGUAUAUAUAUAUAUACAUACAUACUUACAUCUACUUAUUUGGCAAAAAUCCAAUUUCGAAUUAAAAAUGAUUUUUUCGUUUCACCGAUUUUGUUUCAUAUUCCAAUACAACUUUUCCAUAUUUGAUAUACAUAUUCACAUAUAUAAUCAAAUUUCAGUUUAAGAAACUCUAGUAAUUUUGAUUGAUUAGUGGAUAGAAAUUAUUUGGUUUAUUCGGCAUUUCAAAAUUAGCAAUAAGACAAAAACCCGAACAAUUUAAUAUUCUAAUACAUAGACAUUAUUUGAAAUUAAAAUAAUAUUUGCUAAUUGUUAAUUGUUGUUUGUUAGCAAAAGAAGUGGUUUUCUAAAAACUAUGAUAUAAUCGAAAAAGUGUCUCUAAAUAAAUACAUGUAUUAGUAUGUAUGUUAGAAACAACACCAUUACACAGAUACCUACACACAAACAAAAACAAAAUACACAAACUUACAUACAAAUAAACAUGAUCCCCACUAUUUAAAUAGAAAUAAAUCUCAACUUAAACGUUUUCUUUAAUUUUUUAAUUUAUUAACAUAAGGUGCUGUAAUUGUUUAUACAUACAUAUAAUAAUUGUAAUAAAAUAAUAUUUAAAAAUACAAAUUACAUUUCGAAAGAAUAAAUAAAUGAGUCAAAAACCUAGUAAGAUCUAUACAAAUAUCCUAAAACUAUUUAAAAGUUAUUAUCUUUUUUUAAUCUGAAUAAAACAAAAAAUAAAUAUUAUAAAAUUAAAACCUUAAGAGGGAUUCAAUUUAUUAAUAGUUCAUACAAAAACAAACAAUUAUUUCGAAGCUUCAUUUAUAUUAUACAAAUUAAAAUAUAAAAUAAAAAUAAUAAGAAAAAAAAGAUAAACAAAAUAUAUUAAAAACGUGCAGCUCAAAGUGCUUUUGCUUAAAUUUUUUAAAAACUUUUUUUGAAUUCACAUUAUGAAAUGAUGAGAACAGAUGAAAAACUGCACAGAUUGAAGAUUAUAAUUUCAUUCAUAUACUCAUUUACAUAAUAUAUUUAUAUAUACAUAUAUAAUUUUUUUUUUUAAUUUUACAAGCUUAUGUCCAUGCAUAUAUACAUAGGUACAUAUAAUAAAUGUAUCCAUUUCCAUUCGCAUUUUAUUAUUCAUUUCUGCCAAGUGCAAUAAAAUUCAAUGCAAACAAUUUAUGCAAAAAUUAACACUUUUGAAAGGCAAAUCUCAAUUUUAUAUAUAUUUUAUUAUUUAUUUGUGCAUAAUUAUUAUAAUACAUACUAAAAUGAAUAUUAAUUAUUUUUUACUUUUUUUACGACAUGAGUUGAUGUUUUGCAUACAUUUCGACAAUGUAUGUCUUGAAUAGACUAAAUGGAAUAAAUAAAAACUUGAACAUAUCAAUCAACAUUUAUUUAAAAAAAAAAACAAUGAACAAUUAAAUUAUUAACAAAACAAUCGAACAUAUGUUUACUUAAAAAUACUAAAUACAUAUUAUGUAUUUCCUUUCUAGUGUUUCCUUUUCUAAUGCACAUUUAAUAAUUUUUUUUUAAAAUAUGAAAAACAUGUAAAUAUGCAAAUACAUUUGGUUGCUUUUAUUUUCGCCCAAAUAUAGAUAAUUUUAAAUUAACAAUGUUAAGCUGCACAAGGAACUUUUUGCAUUUAAUGAUAAAUUUUUUAAUGUAUUUCUUUUUGGUUAUUAAAAAUAAAAGGCAUUGUUACAAAAUAAAACUAAACCGAUCCGUUUUUUUUUCUUAAAUAACAUCAAUAAAAAAAUAAAAAAAUUUAUUGAUAGAUGAUAUUCUUAUCCCCUUUAUAAUCGAAAAAGCAAAAGAUUUAAGAAUAAAACCCACCAUUUAUUUUUGCAAAAUCUAAAUAUUAUUAAAAACAUAAACAAAACAACAAACACGCUAAGCUGUACUAUGUAAAAGACAUAAGAAUUUAGAAUAAUUAAAAAAUGUAUUCGAAAUGAUCUCGUAAUUUAAUAAAAAUUAUAUAUACACAAAGUAAAAAUUUAUAAAUCUUUAAUAUUUUAAGGCUUAUAACAAAUAAUUUUACACAACAACAAACAUUCACAUACAUACAUACAUACAUACAUACAUACAUACAUACAUACAUAAAUACACCACAGACAUAUAUAUUUCUAUAGUCAAACUCAGUUAUAAUGAUUUGCCGACAUGGGCACACAUCAGAUUGUCUCUCUCAAAUUCAAAUUUUAUAUAACACUUAAACACUUCAGUAAGACCUGGUUCACACUAGGAAACUUUUUUGGGAAACUUUUGAUUUUUGUGUGUGAAAGAAAAAGAAAGAAAUAUCAACCAUCUCUUUCUCUCACACACAAAAAUCAAAAGUUUCCCAAAAGAGUUUCCUAGUGUGAACCAGGUCUAAGGAGGAUUCUAUACCCAUCUUAAAGUAUACCAACUGGCUUGACAUCAGUUUUAAAGAUAGUUAAACGAAAUUUGGCACAUGUACUUCUAUUGUGCUAGAGCUUAUUGAAAAUGGUUAACAUCGGUCCAUUAUUUUAACUAGCACCCAUACAACUCAAACUCGAAUCUGCAAUGAUAGGGCCUCAUUUUACCCUAUUACCUUUACAAGGCCCCUUCAAAAUACAUAUAACUAAAAUGUCCACUUAAAAGACUUAUUUCGCGAUGAAAUCAGCAUAAAUACAUUUUAUGUUUUAUGAAAACUAAAUCAUUGUUUUCUCAUUACUUGUAUAGGGUAUUUGCAUAUGAGGUGAGAGAUUUUUUUACUGGCACAAUCAAAAAACUUAAAAUUUGAGACAGCGAAUUUAAUGUGUUCCCAAGGAGCUUUAUGUAAGGCAUACACACAACAACCAACCAUUAUUUUAUCAACAAAUUUUGACAACUUCAAAACUUUUUUCAUUUAUUCGUACAACUCUCUCACAACUUUUUACAAAAACUCUAUCGACUUUGCGUUUUUGUAAACAACCAUCUCAUAUUGUAUAUGUAGGGCUUAUGAAUUUUACUAAUAACGAAAUCAUUCAGCAUAUCGGCAAUUAAAGGUGAUUAAUACAACAAAUAAUGAUGCUAAUCAUCUUUAGAUUGACUUUACAUGAUGUUAACCUUUCACCAUAUACAUAUAUAAGUACAUAUUUAUUAUUUAAUUAUUCUAUUGAAAAUAAUACAUAUACAUACAUAGUCACAUACAAACAAAGAAUCGAUUUUUCCAUUUCAUUUUAAAGUGAGUAUUUUUUCAGUCGAUUAUCGAUUUGUUUGAUUAUUUGAAAAUUUAUAUUUUUUAAAUAUGACAAUGAAGAUGAUUAUUUAAUUUCGUUCAUCGAAAUUAUAAGUUUAAGUCAGAUUUAAAUUAUAAAACAUAUGUAUAUUUAACACAGUCAAACUUGUUUAUAACGAAUUCUAGAAUGAUUUUUGGUAUUUCACAACAUACUAUUUCCUCGAAAAUUAGUCAAAUACAAUUAAAUUUUUCAGGUUUUUAAUUCAGAUAUCGACAACGUUAUUAUAUACAUUAUAUGUAUGUAUGUAUGUAUGUAUGUAUGUAUGUAUGUAUGUAUGUAUGUAUGUAUGUAUGUAUGUAUGUAUGUAUGUAUGUAUGUUUCGGAAAAAUUGUGUUAAAAUUUUAGUUAAACUGGAAAAUUUAAAUUAUAGUAGAAUGAAAGCAUAAAGUGUUAUAUACCAUUAAAAUGUACUUUAGAUAAAUGCACAUAUGUAUAUACAUACAUACAUACAUACAUAUAUGUAUACAUACAUAUAUGUAUAUGGACAUAUAGAUUAUAAGUUGUUGUAUUUAUUUUUUAUACUUUUAUGUAGAAUUACAUUGAUUGUCAAAUGGCUUCGUUUGUUUUGUAAAAUUUAUCAAACAAAUCUCAUAAAUAUAAAUAUAAAUAAAACAAUUUACGUAUUAAUAAAUAUUUUUAAAAUUCUAUAUUAAAGAAAAAUGAACAGAUAUAUAAAUAAUAAAAA